UUACACCUGAAUGAACGCCAAACCUCAGGAUAUAUAAAGGGAACCUUGAGGAAGAAUUUCACAGUUACAGAGCAGAAGCAGAAGGAAAGGAAUUAACUAGCUCUCCAGCCAAGCAAAUCCUCUACUCACCAUGCUUCCUCCUGCCAUUCAUUUCUAUCUUAUUCCCCUUGCAUGCAUCCUCAUGAAAAGCUGUUUGGCUUUUAAAAAUGAUGCCACAGAAAUCCUUUAUUCACAUGUGGUUAAACCUGUUCCAGCACACCCCAGCAGCAACAGCACGAUGAAUCAAGCCAGAAAUGGAGGCAGGCAUUUCAGUAACACUGGACUGGAUCGGAACACUCGGGUUCAAGUGGGUUGCCGGGAACUGCGUUCCACCAAAUACAUCUCUGAUGGCCAGUGCACCAGCAUCAGUCCUCUGAAGGAGCUGGUGUGCGCGGGUGAGUGCUUGCCCUUGCCGCUGCUCCCCAACUGGAUCGGAGGAGGCUAUGGAACAAAGUACUGGAGCAGGAGGAGCUCCCAGGAGUGGAGGUGUGUCAAUGACAAAACGCGUACCCAGAGAAUCCAGCUGCAGUGCCAAGAUGGCAGCACGCGCACCUACAAAAUCACCGUGGUCACCGCCUGCAAGUGCAAGAGGUACACUCGGCAGCACAAUGAGUCCAGUCAUAACUUCGAGAGCAUGUCGCCUGCCGAGCCAGCCCAGCAUCACAGAGAGCGGAAAAGAGCCAGCAAACCCAGCAAGCACAGCAUGAGUUAGAACUCAGACUCUCAAAACUGGACUGACUGGUAACCAUCUGCUUUACAGAUUUGAUUGCUUGGAAGACUCAAGCCUGCCAUUGCUAUUUUCUUAUUUGAAAAUACAUGCUUUCGGCUUUGAUCAAACUCAGCAAUCUGUCCUAAGUAUCAGGGCAGUCUUUGGGAAUAGCUUUUUCUUUACAAGUUUUUCAAAAUGUACACACAUCCAUGAGUGCAAUUUGUAUUUAAAUUCCACACAUCCUGUAGUUUGAAUUCUCUGUGGUUCCUAAAAGACUGGGGAUACUAUAUACAUACAAUAUAUUGAAUAAUUACUUUUUAAAACAGAAAAGGGCUUCUCAGUUACCCUGCACUCCUUAACCCAUCCCCCCUCCUCACAUAAAACUCCUCCAAAACUGAAAAGUCAAAAGAAAAAAUUGUUGCCUUGAAUCUUGACAAUAACACCUCAGAAGGGUGCUUUCUGUUUUUUGUAAUCUUCAUGGAACAGUUUAGCAGCCAUGAAUGAUCAUCCUUUGAAAGAAUGAGAGACCUUGUGACAUUUCACUUCAAAAAUAAGCCCUGUAGCUUUUUACAGUCUCAUAGUAUGAAAUUGUACCCUGCAUGCUGACCCUCGCUUGGAAUGGAAUGCCAGAAAUGCAUGGCAGCCGCUAAUAAGUAAAGUUAAUUAUUUAUUUGUCAUUGUUAUUAUUUAAUGAGCUUUCACGUGAUUUUUUUCAAAAUGUAAUUUUUUUAUGUUAUGAAGCUUUUUCCUGUACCUAAAUAUUUUUCUGAAUGAUUUGUGGUUGAUCUAGAAAUUUGAGAAUACACAUUGUAGAUAUGUAAAAUAAAUAUUUUAGUCUUCUUAUUAUAUAUAGGUUUCAUCUUGAACUUAUCAAUAGUAUGGAUGUUUUCAAAUCAAUAAGAAGCUUUGUUAAGCUAAAAUAUGAAAUACCUUCUCAUUUAAUCUGUGCAAUUAGAAGGCAAUUUGACCUUCAAUUCCAUCAGUUUCUUUUAACAAAAAUAAACACUGCUAAAAGUUACUGUCCUUGUCUCUAACAUAUAUAAAAUAUACAUGUUUACAAAAAUUACAAAAAUAAAUGUGUCAAAGUAAUUGAUGUUUUUGGUAAGGCACAUUCAAGCUUUGAUGGAAAGUUCUGUAGUAAGAGAGGAGAGUGGGAAAGGCAGACCAUCUGCCCAGUAAGUAGAAUAGUUGAAAAAGUUGGGAGGCAACCCAGCAAUGAGUUGUCAUAAGAAUACCAUGGCUAUAUACACUCAGAGAUGCCAAGUCUGCUGCCCAUUAUGAUCACCUGGGGAAGACAUUAUGAGACCCAAUGCCCAGGUUGCUAUCCAAAAUGCAUCAUAAUUUCUGGGGGUAGAACUUGAGUACUGGCAGUUUUUAAAGUUUUCCACGUGAUUCCACUGUGCAUCUAAGUUUGAGAAAGAAAUUGUGAAGAAAUCACUAUCGUAUGUUGGGGAACUUUGAAUACUACUGCACAGCCCACAAACCAAAAUAUAAAAUAAAAACAACAAAGAAAACAACAACUAAUUUUUCAAGUUUGACAUAUUAUUAUAUUAAGCAUCAUAAUCCUAAUCUUGAACCAGAUUGUACAGGUAAAUGACAUGUAUCAAUUCAGUCAAAUGAUUGGUCCCAUCACUCCAAAUAAAUAAAACCAAAGAGGCUUGUUAUAUGAUGAUAAGAUCUCCUGGGUUUUCUGAUUUUGGAUUCUGACCAUGAAGAAGUCCUUAGUACAUUUUUGCAGUAGAUUAUUGUUUUUGUAAAUACUAGUCUAAAAGUCACGUAUAUAUUACCUAUAGCAUACUAAGCUAAAUAAGGACAUUAAUGUUUUCUCUUCCCUAUGAGAGGUAGGAACACACUGAAGGACAAGCAAACAUCUCUAGAAUUUAUGGUAAUACUAUUUGUAUCAUCAAAUAAAAUAAUGAUUCAUAGUCUACUAUUGAUUUAUCUUUCAAUCUCAAUAACUAAGAUUUUAAACUAUUUCAUAUUUUGUCAUCAUAUUAAUACAUCGAAUAUUCAUGAUAAUAAAUAGCAUAAG